AUGGGCGUGGGCCGUCCCCAACUGCUCCUGCCCCUGUGUGCCUCUGUGUCUUUGCUGGGUGGCCUGACCUUCGGCUAUGAGCUGGCAGUCAUAUCGGGUGCCCUGCUGCCACUGCAGCUGGACUUCGGGCUGUCCUGCUCGGAGCAGGAGCUCCUGGUGGGCAGCCUGCUCCUGGGGGCUCUCCUGGCCUCCCUGGUGGGCGGCGUCCUCAUCGACCAGUAUGGCAGGAAACGAGCCAUCCUUGGGAGCAACUUGGUGCUUUUGGCGGGCAGCCUGAGCCUAGGCCUGGCCGGCUCCCUGGCCUGGCUGGUCCUGGGGCGCUUGGCCGCUGGAUUUGCCAUCUCUCUCUCCUCCAUGGCCUGCUGCAUUUAUGUGUCAGAGCUGGUGGGGCCGCGGCAGCGGGGCGUGCUGGUGUCCCUCUACGAGGCAGGCGUCACCGCGGGCAUCCUGCUCUCCUACGCACUCAACUACGCCCUGGCUGGCGCCCCCUGGGGAUGGAGGCGUAUGUUCAGCUGGGCCGCUGCACCUGCCCUCCUACAGUCCCUCAGCCUCCUUUAUCUCCCUGCUGGCACCGCCGAGACUCCAGCGCCCAAGGACCUCGUUCCUCUCCAGGGAGGUGGGACCUCCAAGCUGGGCCUGGCGAGGCCAAGAUCCUCCCUCCUGGACCUCUUCAGGGCGCGGGAGAACAUGCGAGGCCGGACCGCCGUGGGCUUGGGGCUGGUGAUUUUCCAGCAGCUGACGGGGCAGCCCAAUGUGCUGUCCUACGCCUCCACCAUCUUCCAGGCGGUGGGCUUCCGGGGAGGCUCCUCCGCGGUGCUGGCCUCUGUGGGACUCGGGGCCGUGAAGGUGCUGGCGACCCUGACUGCCAUGGGGCUGGUGGACCGAGCGGGCCGCAGGGCCCUGUUACUGGCCGGCUGUGCCCUCAUGGCCCUGUCGGUCAGCGGCAUAGGCCUUGUCAGCUUUGCCGUGCCCAUGGCCUCCGGCCCAAGCUGCCUGGCCGUGCCCAAUGCCACCAGGCUGUCAGGCCUCCCUGGGGACUCCGGCCUGCCGAGGGCCAUGGCUCCCCCUCCACCGCCGACAACGAGUGAGAACCAAGGGAGGCCGGCCUUGUCGACCUCUGAGACGACCCAGCCUCCUCCCGGAGCUGGGGACCCCACCGCCCCGGCCCUGCCGACCUUAAGCCCCGCCUCCCCGGCACCCCCUUCUGCCCCAGAGCGCGUCCUCCUGCACUGGGCCGCGCUGGUCUGUUUGAUGGUCUUUGUGAGCGCCUUCUCCUUUGGAUUUGGACCAGGUAGGUGGGUCAUGGCCUCUGAGGUGAGAAUGGUAAUGGCUCUGGAACAUAAUUUGUGUUUCUGCCUCAACAAAGCCCUUCGCUCAUUGUCUCCUUUCCCCGGCUUGGGCUGGGCCCCUGCCCACACUCCCGCCCUCCUGUUCCCAGGCACUAUCGGCUUGUCCUGGACCUUCCUGCUCUACGGGCUGACCGCUGUCCUCGGCCUGGGCUUCAUCUAUGUAUUUGUCCCCGAAACCAAAGGCCAGUCACUGGCAGAGAUAGACCAGCUGUUCCAGAGGAGACGGUUCGCCCUGAGCUUUGGCCCCCGGCAGAGCUCUGCUGGCAUCCCAUACACCCGCAUCGAGGUCGCUGCCGCCUCCUGA